UCAAAGCGUCAGUUAUACGUUGGUGUGAAUUGUUGUUAUAGGCAUAUAAAUAAGUUUUUAAAGUCAAAUCUUGUAUUUAUAUACAUUCGCAUACGCAACGAAAAGCUGAUAAAAUAUCCCUGUGUUCCUAAUAAUUUGGUUUCUAAAACAGGUGUGCUCCUACAUAGAAAAUUCACGUUUGACAUCAAUUAUGGACAGAAAUCCCAAAAACCAAAGCACAGGGCAAGGUGGUUCUAGUGGCACGCGACCUUUAUCCAUAGAACCUCCUAGAACGCAAUCCAAUGUAGAAAUACUUCCUAAUCAGCCAAGGCAACCCAGAAAUUUACAGGGACUGCUGAAAUUUGCUAUGGAGUCAACUAAAGCUGAAGACACAACAAAUCAGUCAAAAUUUCUGCCAAUUGACGAAGAGAAAAAAAGAUUUCUUAACAACGCACUAUCAUCCAUGACUGUUAAUGUCAUCGAAGAGUUGCAGAGAGAUAUAAAAACUUUAGAGAAUGUCGUAAAUUUACGAAAUGAAGAUGAUGCUUCAGAGUACGAAAUUAUACUGGAUAGGAUUGCUGAUCGCGUUGGCAGUUUAGAUGUGGCAAAUGACUUUUACAAGAUUGGAGGCUUUUCAAUUCUUGGUAUAUGUUUAAAUUCUCCACACAAUGGUAUCAGAUGGAAAGUGGCUAAUCUUAUAGCUGAAUUGACACAAAACAAUCCAGUGUGUCAAGAAAAAAUUUUAGAGGCAGGCUUUAUGCCAAUUUUAUUGGGCAUGAUCGAUUCAGAUCCCUCGGAAACUGCAAAAGUGAAGGCACUCUAUGCCAUUUCUUGCAUUGCAAGAGGACCACCCAUAGCAUUAAAAUACAUGGCAAUCAAUGAUGGCUUUUCAGUGCUAAUUAGGGCAAUGCAAAGUCAAGUUGAAAAAUUACAAAUAAAAGCUGCAUUUUUAUUGUCAUCCCUGUGUAGGAAAGAUGAUGUUGUUAAAUUAACAUUGGUUAAAAUGGGACUAGUUGAACAAGCAGCAGGUAUGCUAGCUAUGGGAAAUUUGCUUUCAGAAACAAGAGAACAACUUCUUAGUUUGUUAAAUGGAAUGACUGAUAACAACUACUUCCUUGCACUAAAAGAAUGCAGACGUCCUGAGCUUUGCUUAAAACAAACCUUGGAAAGACAUUUAAAAGAAUCAAAACACGAUGGAAGUAUUGAAAUAGAAGACUUAUGUAAAGAAAUCUUAGAUAAAGUUUUUGCUGAUCAAGAUGUGGAGCAAGAAAGAUAA